AUGGCUGUCGUGCAAUGCGUUGUUGACAUCCCUUCGUCCGCCGCCACGACUGGAAGCGCUGACCUGACGAAGGCGUCGAUGGGUUUGCCGCCCUCGCAGUCCACCAGCGACUGGCCGUACAGUGAGGAGAGCGCCGGCGAUGGCAACGGAACCGCUGCUGGCGAUGUGUGGGACGAGUCGGCACCGGUAGCCGCUGUGGGCGGCGUAGGGCUGGCCAACCUCGGCAACACCUGUUACCAGAACUGUGUCUUCCAGUGUCUGCUCAAUAACCGGCACUUCGUCUCGCAUUUGAUGUCUAAUGGCCUCCAAUUGGCGACGACUACCGGCGCCGAAGACACGAUCGUCAAUGAGUUCGUCACUCUGUUGAAGGCCUACCGGUCGGCCACCUGUGGACCCAUUCGUGCGGAAGGCAUACGCGAGUCGAUGUCCAGAAGGCAUAAUGACGGACCCACCGGUGCUGAAGAGGAGGCGCUCACGAACAACACCCCCUCCACCACAUGCCAGCCCUCCAAAUCCUGCGUUGUGGACACAUUUCAGGGCCAACUCUGUUCACUGAUUGUCUGCGAUAUGUGUCGACACACGAGUCAGACAUUCGAGGCAUUUAUGUAUUUAGCCGUUCCGUUGCCGGUCGUACGGCACCGACAGCUGGUGGUGACCUACCAGCCUCUCAAUGGAAACGGUCCGCCCACUCGCCUAUUGGUGACCGUUGAGAACAAAUAUGAUUCUGUGGUACAAAUCAAACACAAAGUGAGGGAACAACUGUCGCUCGACGCCAUUCCCGAUGCGGAACUGGCGGUCGCGGAGGUUAUGAACGGCAAUCACGUGACUCGCGUUGUGGACGACUCGGAGGACGUGCUGUCGCUGAAUGACAGCAACUCCGAGGACUCUGUGUUCGAGCCGUUCACGUGCUUCUCGUGCCACAGAGAUGUCACCAAAAAUCAGUUCCAAGAGUGCCAGCCAUUGGCCCAAAGAGAACUGUGCGUUCCUCUAGUGUUUCGAUCGGACGGCCGACUCGUAUUCGGAGUCCGACUGUUACGGAUAUCGCAACAGAUUGACGCCAAUGCCCUCUACGCUCUGGUCGACCAACGGGUGCCCAACCCUGAGUUCACCUAUAGGUUGGUGUUCACCGAACGCAACGGAAUUGGGUGCUGUCGGUGCGCGUGGGCCUCGGACUGCGACGGGUGUGAAGUGUCGCGCGCGGGACUCAUAUUACUGUCCGAAGCGGACACACUAUGCCUGGCUUUAGAGUCAUCCCUAUCAUCGUCUCAGUCGCUGGCAUUAGUACCCGUGGGACCGCUCAUAGGACCGAUAGUACCGGGCGUUCCCGAAGCUCUGCCUGCCCUCGAACCCCAACCGGUAGAGCACGAGUCGCUGAAGGGAAUGGUAGUCGAGGAGCCGAAACCGUUGUGUCUUGAGUCGUGUUUGCGGGCGUUUGUGGGCAAAGAGUGUCUCACCUGCGAUGGCGACGACAAUAACCUCUGGUUUUGUCAGAAAUGUGAUGCAUUGAGAUCUGCGACCAAAUCGUUGACAAUCAUGUCGUCGCCAAAGACACUGAUUGUCUAUUUGAAGCGAUUCCUGUUUGUGGCCAACAAUUGUCACAAACUCUCAGAGUCUGUGAGUUUCCCGAUUCGGGAGCCGUUGGAUAUGUCGGGACUCGUGUCGGGCGCCAAACAGCCGUUACUCUAUAAGCUGUCGGCACUGGUAUGUCAUUCCGGGACCGCACAGACCGGUCACUACACGGCUUAUGUGAGGGAUGAGACGAACGACAGGUGGCUCUACUUCAACGACGAUGUGGUGACGUGUGAGGAACCGGCCGACAACGACAGUCGCGCCUAUAUCUUGUUCUAUAGCCGGACAGAUACCGGCGCUCUCAUCGAUGGCGCUCAGCCU